AUGCUGGCGACGCUGCCCGGCCUGCUCGCCGAUGCGGAAAGCUUCUUGUACUCCCGCAUAGGCGCGUCCUUCCCGGAGCCCCUGCUGCCUCUAGGCCCCGGCGACUGGCUCGACACGUGGGACUCCGCCGCCGGGCUGGACUCGUCGAGGUGCCCGGGCAAUCUUGAGAGGAAGGGAGGGAUGCCAGCGGGUGAUUCCCCCCAUUCUGCCAGGAGCAAGAUGGGGCAGAAAAUGUCAUUGGCGCAUCGAAGGCUCUCUUUUCUUGAUGAUGGCAGUGGCAUCAGUAGGCACAUCGCUGCUGCGGCAGCUGCUGCUGAUGAUGAUGGUGGUGGUUCUGAGCAGAUGGAUGAGGUGUUCACUGUUGAUGUUCCUCAGAAGAAUAAGGCAGUUGAUGGCAGCGAUGAUGACUUUGUUCCAUUGAUAAAGAUGAGAACCAAGAAUGUGAAGAUGGAAGAAGACAGGGAGGCCAGUAGGUCCAAGAGAUGUGGCAAGAGAAAGAUAGAGAAGAAGCCAAUGUUGGUUGACAACAACAACAUUAGUAAGAGCAAUAAAGACAUGGAUGCUGAUGUUGAGCCAGAGGGUGUCCCGCUCAGCUUUUGUAGAAAUCAUCUUCCAAAUGAUGAUGUUACAAUUGCAUUAGAAGAUGAGGAUGGACACAGCUAUGAUACAAAAUACCUAGCUCGCAAGCAGGGACUAAGUGGUGGGUGGCAUGGGUUUGUGGUAAGCCAUGGUCUUAAGGUCGGCGAUGCCGUGAUCUUUCAACUCGUGGGACUGAAAAGAUUUAAGGUGUAUAUACUGAGAGAGAAUAAGUUCACCACAACCGAUGGAGCGCUCGGUCUCCUAAGUUUAGACGCGUCCGUGGAACACAAUAUACCCGAAAAAGAAGAAGAAUCUUCGGAUGAAGAUGUCGUCAAGUCCAAGAAGGAUCUAGAGCUCACCAAAGUCAUCACCAACAAAGCAUCUGACGAUGAUAGCAAUGACCUUUUUAGUGAAGAAGCAGCAAACGGCGGCAUCAGAUCCGCAGCAGAUCCAGACCCUGAUUUCGACGGCGUGAAAACAUUCAGAGCCUUCAAGAUCGCCAUCGAUAAUAAUUCUGUCAUCAACAGCAAACUAGUCCUCGAUCGCCUGCUUUGGACGUCCUAUAAGCUAUGCGGCGCCCGGAAGGCGUUCCUCCACAGGCGUCUGCCAAAGCACAUAAACCCGACGCUAGCCGCAGGGGUGAUAGCAGAGACGGCCAGCAUCACCGAGGGCAUCAGGUCCUACCCCACCACCUCCUCCUCUUCCUUGGAGGACCUCGCGGCGUGGAAGAGGACCCUGGAGUCCUUUGAGCUGCUGGGCAUGGAUGUGGGCUUCAUGCGCAAGCGCGUCGACGAGCUCCUUUUCCUCCUCGACGCCCGGCCAUCAUCGGAUGAUCACCCGCAGGAGGAGGGGUACGAGGAGGUGAUGAAGCUGGAGCGUGCUCAUGCCGCGGAGAAGGUGAGAGCCCUCGAGACGAAGAUGGCGAGCCUGAAGGAUGCUCUGGAGGAGAUGGACAUGGAGAUGGAGGAGAUCGCGGGGAAGAGGAGGGGCCGUGGUAUGCUGCAGCUGGCGGCCGCGCCAUGGUGA